GCUUCUCAGCAGAGGGAGAGAAGCGAGGCCGGCUUGGGGAGGGGGCAGCGAGCAGGUCCUCGGCUGAGUCCAGAUCCAGAGAGCAGUAGCCGCCAGCUGGGGUUUUCUUGGGAAACGUGCCACUGGAAGGAAUCUGUAGUGAAUUGCCGGGAAGGAAAAGGAUUGGGAAAGCAGCAGCGUGAUCCACCCCCUCUGUGCUGCAAUCCAGUACUUUAGUGACGGGGGAGGCACAGUUUGAGACCCGCCUCUUUCAUUGAUGAAAUUUAAAUUCUUGUGGUUUUUACCUCUUAACCAGCUUGCCUGAGUCAUUUAUUUUCGAGGGCAGAUUCAGGAAGGAUCAGGGAGGAAUCAAGCAGACGUGAAAACCUUGUAGGAUUUGUUGGGCUGGCUGAUUGGGAAGAGUAGUUUUAUCACUGCAAUUUUAUUUUUUACGAAAAAUACCUUUUCAGUAAUUGAUACUUUAUAACUCUGGAAUAACAGCUGGUGGAGCAUCUGUUAUCCCAAGGAAGGGGGCGUCAAGGAAAGGGGGAAAAUACCAUCCUCUUUCCCCCGAGCAUUUCUUGUAUAAUCUUUUUCAGGGGCCGAGGGCCAGGGUAUCUUAAAUUUUCUAUAUUUAUAAAAAAAUAGUAUUUAUUUUCGUAAGGAUCCAAAAUGUCGUCAUUUGCAAAAGAUUUUAGCAAAGCAAUGUCUCAGGCUGGUACUUCCCCGUUCCAGGAGGUGAUCAGACAAGAACUGGAGUAUUCCAUGAAAGUGGAACUGGACAAAAUUCUUGCCACUGCACCACAGAAUGAGCUAGAGCACACUAAAAAAGACCUGGAGGGGUUUAAAAAACUCUUCCAUAGAUUCUUACAAGAAAAAGGACCUUCUGUGGACUGGGAGAAGAUUCAGAGACCUCCAGAAGAUUCUAUUCAACCCUAUGAGAAGAUAAAAGCAAGAGGAUUGCCGGAUAACGUUGCUUCAGUCUUAAACAAGCUGGUUGUAGUGAAACUCAAUGGCGGCUUGGGUACCAGUAUGGGAUGUAAAGGCCCCAAAAGCCUUAUUGGUGUGCGAAAUGAGAACACCUUCCUGGAUCUGACGGUUCAGCAGAUUGAGCAUCUAAACAAAACCUACAAUACAGAUGUUCCUCUAGUUCUAAUGAACUCAUUCAACACUGAUGAAGACACGAAUAAAAUCUUGCAGAAAUACAGCCACAGUCGUGUGAAAAUCUACACAUUCAAUCAAAGCAGGUAUCCACGAAUUAAUAAAGAAUCUUUACUACCAAUAGCAAAAGAUGUGUCUUAUUCAGGAGAGAAUACAGAGUCUUGGUAUCCCCCAGGUCAUGGGGACAUCUAUGCAAGUUUCUUUAAUUCUGGAUUGCUGGAUAUUUUUAUCAGUGACGGGAAGGAGUAUAUUUUUGUGUCCAACAUAGAUAACCUUGGUGCUACUGUGGAUCUUUACAUUCUUAACCAUCUCAUGAAUUCACCAAAUGGAAAAAGGUGUGAAUUUGUUAUGGAGGUCACCAAUAAAACUAGGGCAGAUGUCAAGGGUGGCACACUCACACAAUAUGAAAACAAAUUGAGGCUUGUAGAAAUAGCUCAGGUGCCAAAACCACAUGUUGAUGAAUUCAAGUCUGUUUCAAAAUUCAAAAUAUUCAACACAAACAACCUGUGGAUUUCACUACCUGCGAUUAAACGGCUGCAGGAGCAAAAUGCUAUUGAUAUGGAGAUUAUUGUCAAUCCAAAGACAUUGGAUGGUGGUUUAAAUGUGAUUCAGUUGGAGACUGCUGUUGGUGCUGCUGUUAAAAGUUUUGAGAAUUCGCUGGGAAUAAAUGUACCCCGUAGCCGCUUCUUGCCUGUCAAAACCACAUCUGAUCUUCUUCUUGUGAUGUCUAACCUAUAUAGCCUUAAUGCUGGAUCUUUAACAAUGAGUGAAAAAAGGGAAUUUCCUACUGUGCCACUAGUCAAGCUGGGAAGCUCUUUCACCAAGGUUCAAGACUAUCUGAGGAGGUUUGAAAGUAUACCAGAUAUGCUCGAACUGGAUCAUCUGACUGUUUCAGGCGAUGUUACCUUUGGCAAAAAUGUUGCAUUAAAGGGAACAGUCAUCAUUAUUGCAAACCAUGGAGACAGGAUAGAUAUUCCACCAGGAGCUGUAUUAGAGAACAAAAUAGUCUCAGGCAAUCUUCGGAUCCUGGACCACUGAGCUGCUGUGAACAGUCUCACAGAUGGAAGACCUCUAGGCAUUAGGUUUCUGCACAGGGGGCCUGUACACUUAGUUAUCCAUUCACUGUACCCUACAGUAUUAUUUCAAAGUAGUCUUCUGUACAUUUUUACUUUAAAAGGAGAUGAAAAUUAAAGGUUCUGUAAUUCAGUUAAUAUAAAGUGCAAUAAUGUUCGUCUUAAGACAGGCAGCUCUUGUAUAAGAACAUGCCGAUGUUCCGUGAGUUUUGAAUUGCUUGUAAGUAAAACAAACAAACUGUGAAGCAAUAUGCAGUUAACUAUUAAGUGCAACUACUUUGAAGUAUAAAUGGCACCCACAUCUACAAAACCAAACCAAACCAGGUGUUGCUACUAAAGGCAAGUAAGUUGUUUUAAAAGUCUAGCAUUUAAUUAACAUUGUUUGCCUUUCUGUAGUUAACACUUCCACGUUGUUACUCUUCGAGCAAGCCACACACCCCCUUUCACAGAUAGUUCAAUACCUCACUGUUUGUCCUGCUCUGGAGUUUUGUCCUGGACUGGAGUUGUUGCUCAGUGUUUACCCAAAGACAAGAUACACAAGGAGGAGAUACUUGCACCAUUACUUCUGACACCAUCAACCAUCUUCUAGUGACUCUUUAGAUGUUUCCUCUUAAAUAUGAAAUGGAUAACCUACUCAUACAAUCAAAUCAUGUGUUGACACAAAUAUGGAAAUUCCACAUCUGUACAGGUACUGAAAUAAAUAAAUAUCAAGCCCCUCA